UUGAUUUGUAAAGUUUACCCGCAGGCCAUCUGGUUCUCUUACUGUGGAAAUACAUGUCCUCCUUCGCUUCUGAGUAAGCCCUACAGAAUAUGGACGGUGGGCCCAUCUGUUUGACCUUCUCAGCACCAGUAAUGGUGUCUUUACCCACCCUGGCAUCAGCUCCCCUUAAGGGGCAUACUGUUGUUAAUUCUGCCUUGUCAGGGAAUAAACUGGAGUUCAAAUAGGUAAAAUAAUGUCACAAUGAUGUAGCCAAGGUCACCAACCUGGAAAAGUGUCAGAACCAAGAUUCUAGCCCAGGCUACAGGAAUCUUUCUCUCAAAAACAUCGGUACAGUAUCCUUUUCAAAAACAUUGGUACAGUAUCCUUUCAAGACUGAACAUUUGGGCACCAAGGUAUUGUUCACUGAGUCAGAACAAUCUGCACUAUGUACAGGGCUUGUCCUCCAUUUAAUCAAUCAAUCAAUCAAUGUCCAAUUUUUUAAAAAGCUCUCCUGAAAGAAAGGAGCAAGGGCUGGAUUGAGCUCGGUGGUAGAGUGCUUGCCUAGCAUUGACAAAGCCCUGGGAUCCCCAGAGCCACCUUCGAAAAAGCGGUAAGGAGGAAGGAGACACCUUCCAGAAAAGCCAGGGGAAUGCAAACUGGUCCAGGAGGAGCAAUCCAGAUAGUAACACAUAAUCUCACUAGGGCAGAGCAGGUAAUUUGAGGACUGAGCCAAAGAAUAAAGAGAAGAUGGAAAUAAGGGGACACUGAGGUUUAGGGUGAUUCCGUACAUAGGGAUGAAGUAAGAUGAAGAUGGGGGGAAACUAGGACAACAGGAAGUGGGGAGAGUGAGGCAGGCCUUGGUGGCUUGAGAGGUGAACUGAGGGUGACGUCUACAUGGCCACUCCUUGGAUCCUUAGGCCCUCAUAGUGAUCUUUGCCCCGCCACACCUCAGCUCUGACAGACUACGUGCCAGGAAAUUUUGUCUGCACUGAGCUACCAGCUGAGUCCCAACCCUCUGGAGUGGCUGCUUCAGACUAGUCCAGGAAGCACCAUCCUUAGUGGCAAGGGAACCAUGGAUCUUGGUGCCGAUCUGGCGAAGCAGGAGAGGCCCAGUCUUCGUCUGGAAAAGCUGCAGCACUGGGCAAGGCACAGGCAAAGUGGACACCUGCUGGUGGUGGCGGUGAGCCAACUCUGGCUGGCCACAGCCACGGUGCCCUUCACCAUCUCACUGGCCUGCCUCAGCUCUGCCUGCCACAUGGCCACAGCACUGCCGCUCUGGCCUGGAGCCUCGGGUCUCCUCACUGGGAUCAUCACCCUUGAGCUUCGCAGAGCGCCCUGUUUCUGGAAGGUGCGGGCCAUGAUGAUAUCAAACACCUUCAACCUCAUCUUGGGCUUCAUCGUGGUGGUGACAGAAGUGACGAAGACAGCCUUGGGGCCUGCCCCUACUGGCUCCAUCCAGGAACAGGUGAAUAAAGAGAAAGGUACAGGGGAGGAGAAAUGGCGGAAGAAAACGGGCUGUGCCCCCCAAAGCAUCCUCACCCUGCUACCUGCAGCUGACAGGGUUGCUGGUGCUAGAACUCAGCACGGAGGCCUUCACCCUAGGAGGAGUGCUGGUCUCAACAUUCGCCCUGUUCUUGCUGAGCCAGAGGAAGCAAGGAUGCUUCACGAGGUCAAGUCUGCACUAUCAGGAGCUACAGGAGGUAGGGGGUGCAGGGAGGAAAACAUGAAGCCGCGAGCUUCUAGCUAAUUUUUCUUCUGGCUGUCCUUGUAGUGGGGCAGUAGGGAAAUGAAGGGCUAACACUGACCGCCUUCUGGCAUUGGACGUUAGUGCCCCUAAUAACGGCUGUGAAGGAACUGGAUAU